UCAUAAAUCAGCCGUCGAAACGGGCGCUCCUCCACAGGACUUGACAUGUGUGUGUAGUCCGCCCGGCAAAGAGCAGGCAGCAGGUCACUUAGAGCCAGUGGGACUGUCAUGAUAUAAACUUCACGUCUUCUACCUCGUUCGACUCUUGGGAAACAAAAGCGCGUUAAACGAAGGCCUACUUAUUGUUUUCUCAAAUGACUCAACAAGCAUACGUCGUCUCUGUUUCUAGUCAUUUGGUUUUGGAAACGGGUAGCCUUUUCGCCCAGAGAUUGGCCAUAGUGGGCCACUUAGCGUCCGAGGUGCAGUGGAGCACUAGGUAGCGCGUUCAUGAACGGUCGGUCGAGGCUCCCUGAGAAGGAUGGCUAUGACCGUGGCGAAGAUACUGCAUCUCUUGGCGGGAAUGGGGAUGGCUUUUCAGGCUCAAGUCAGCCACAUGCAGUUAAAAUCUCCAUAUGAUGCGCUGGAGCCCCCGCAUGGACUACUACACCAAGGGGUCUACCAUGCCGACACGCAGGGGCUAGCCGCUCACGGCACAGGGGCCCAUAUGGACCCGGGCUCCAAGCUUCGGUCGAGGAGGUGGACUCCCAGAGGCAGGUCUGGGGCCCCUAGUUGGGCCCCUGACAAGAGGGGCCAUUACCGAGACCAGCAUCGACCGGAAGAAAGCGAGCCAGACCUGUUGACCGAGGAGGGACACGACAAUUCCUCCCAAAUCGUGGACAUCGAUCAUGUCUACUAUACGUCUAAGAUCUACGGCCCGGGAGACCCUGGUGGUAAAGCGCUCUGGUUGGACAUUGAUCAGAUCUCAAAUGCGGACAGGAAGGUCCACGGCUUCAUCUCCAACACCCACAGACAAGCAGCCAAAGUCAAUCUUUCCUUUGACUUCCCCUUCUACGGCCACGUCUUAAAAGAAAUAACAGUGGCAACUGGAGGGUUCAUCUACACUGGUGACACAAUCCACUGGAUGUUAACGGCCACCCAGUACAUCGCCCCUCUCAUGGCUAACUUUGAUCCCAGCCUCUCUACAGACUCCAGUGUAUCCUAUGUAGAUAAUGGCACAGCGUUAGUGGUACAGUGGAACCGGGUCCACCUACAGGACAGCUCCGAGCUGGGGACCUUCACCUUCCAGGCCACCCUGCACAGCGACGGACGCAUCGUAUUCGCCUACAGAGACGUGCCCAUUGCUGUGGGGGACAUCAGUGCUCAGCACCAUCCGGUCAAAAUGGGCCUGUCGGAUGCUUUCGUUGUGCUUCAUAAGCUAGAGCAGAUACCCAAUGUCCGACGGAGGACCAUUUAUGAAUAUCACAAGGUGGAUAUCCUGAAGUCCAAUAUCUCCAACUGUACCGCAGUGGAGAUCCUGCCUCUGCCCACGUGUGUCCAGUUCUCCAGCUGUGGUACCUGUGUCACGUCUCAGAUCGGCUUCAACUGUAGCUGGUGCACCAGACUGCAGAGAUGCUCCAGUGGAUUUGACAGAAGCCGCCAGGACUGGGUGGACCACGGCUGCCCAGAAGAGAGGCGGGACCCGAGGUGCGUUCCCCCGGCCAACCUCACCAAAGCCAGGGCCCACCACCCCACCAACACCACCACUCCGGUCUCCGUCUCCAGCACGGAGCGUCACAGAGCCUCAGCGACCAGCUCCACCACCCUGGCUAAGGUCUCCACGGCGACCGACACCACCACCACCACCACCACCACCACCACCACCAGCGGCGGCGGCAGUGUGACCACAUCCGCAGCGCAGGACCCCAGCAGCUCCCCAGCGGAGGGUCAGUUCCUGGCGCUUGACAACGCAAAGAUGGAAUCACACGUCAACGAAGCACCUGAGGUAGACGGUUCAGGGCAGGGGGAGGAGCAACUGCAGACCCGCCUCCUGGCGGCCAUCAUCCUACCCAUGGUGAUCAUCGCCACGGUGAUCCUCCUGAGCGUUUACAUGUACAACCACCCCACCUCCACCGCCAGCCUCUUCCUCCUGGAGAGGCGUCCCACCCGAUGGCCCGUCAUGAAGUUCCGGCGGGGCUCGGGGAACCCGUCCUACGCCGAGGUGGAGGCGGGCCUCCAGGACAGGGACGCCACGGCGGUGGUGGACCCCAAGCAGGCCUUCAUCAUCACGGGCCGCAGGGAGAGCGACAUGAAGGAGGGCUUCAUCGUCCCCGACCAGAGGGAGCGCUGCCUGGUCUCCGAGAGCUCCUGACUGGGGACUACGUAUCCCAGAAGGCCUUGGGAUAAAGCGCUAGAGCGCUAUGCUAGAAACGCAUAUCUCAAGACAAAAAUGGGAAAUUGCAUUUUUUUCCUGAUUGGCAGAUUUUUCCUCGAGUUAAUUUUGAGGUAAGAAUUGGGAGGAUCUAGAAGAGGAAAAGUAACAAACCUCUAUGAGGAAUAAAGUAUUUAUGAAUUAAACGGACUGACUCGAAAGCGUGAUCCGUUACUUCUCAUCAGCGCCGAAUUCAACGUAUAAAAGAAGGUUUGCAUCGGUGUGAUUUCUAAAUGACGUCCGCCCGGUUGACAGAUGCGUCUGGAGAUCCCAGACACCACGGAGCAACAGACGGAUCGUUUUUUAAACGGUGUUUGCUGAGCCCGUCUGCCCUGGUCAUCCCCCGUGUGUGUCAACCGCGACGCAGAGCCCCCGGGCGGCUGACCGCCGUGUUGACGCUCUGCUCAGGUCGGUCCACAGUGACGUCCGUGCUCCUGCCCAAUGGCGCUGUGUCGUUCACACUUCCCUGGGCAGCGGGAAUGUGGCGCGCCGGUGUUAUUUCCUCCUCCGCUCCAAAAUACUGAGGCCGUUUCCCAGAGGCCGGGGCCCACCUUGUGGAGGGCAGAUGCCGGGCACGCGGUUCACAUCACAGUCAUGCCCCGCCCGCACUGAGCUUUGUUCUGACCUCUGACCUUCUUUCGUUUUUUUUCUGUGAAAAUCUAGACUUGAAAUGGGACUUUGUCCAAAAGUAGCCCCUGUCCGUUUAAAUCCCCUUCAGGGGGUUUAGGUAUGUUGUUGAUGGAACGACAGAACGACUUUUGCUUUCAUCAAGGAUGAUAAUGUCGAUGGAUAUGCAAUUUGGAAGUCUUGCCACACACAUGUACAUGCAAACACACAAACGGAUCGACAGCAUUGCUCUUGAGGUAAACCAGUGAAACAUUUAGCAUAUAAUGGACAGGGAUAGUUCAUACGAACGGUGAUCCUACCUGUGCCAAAUUCUUCGGUGGAGGAAUGUGAAAAUGACACCGUGGUGACUAGUUCUGCACAUCAGAAGUAAAAGUUGAACCAUAAAACAUGGGGUCUCUUAACGUCUAUUUAUUGUACAUUUUCCCCUAUUUUGUCAUUAAUUAAAGUCAUAGCCAUGAAAAUACUGAUUUUAUUUUAUUUGAGAUGCAGUGCACAAUUCCAAAAGAUGAACCAACAGUUUAAUCUCCCUGUCAACUUUUCUACCAAGAAAUAGAGUUUUUCACUAUCAACUGACAAAAUAUUUGGCAACAUAGAACAUCACGCAGUUAAAAUGAAUUCUCUCCAAUCUCUAAAUCAUCCUUCUGAAUAUUUGUUGCUCACUGUUAAAUAAACAGUGAGCAACAUAUGUGCAUUUCUUAACCCCAAUUUCUAAAUCCUCCUGAAUGUUGCUUUUAAAUAACCGGUACAAUAAGUGCAUUCAAGGUUAUGCAGCUUAUAAGGGACAUUGCAUUUGGUUAUCUGUAAAGCCUUUAAGGAGUGGCUUCAUAUAAUAAGGGUCUUCAAUCAUUUUGUAUAUGUUGCAUUUCAAAGUUAAAGGUAUAUCACGUAACAUUUCUUCAUUAAGAUAACUAAAAAACGACUAGACCUAUGUUAUAUAUUUUGUUGAGUUGUGUACUCACAUGAUCCCAAGUGUUUCCAACAAUAGUAAAACCGACUACGUCUUUUGUUAUUCUGUUCAUUGUGAGACCGUUUGUGGCAGAAAUGAUGUAUAAUACCUUCAAAUGUCAACUAUGUAGUGAUACUCAAUGAUACAUUCAAAAUAAACAGAGUGACAUAAUC